UUAUUAAUAUAUUGCACCUCUUCGCGUCUUCCCUCCUUUCGCGGCCAGCGACUCCCGAGCUGUCCCUCCGUCUCCUCCUCCUCCUCCUCCUCCGACGCCGAUCGAGAGCUAGGGUUUGGGUUGAUUCCUUCUCCUAGCGAUGUCGCGUAAUUCUUCUGAUUUCGACCUUUCCGACGAGAUACUCUCGGUGAUCCCCACCGACCCUUACGACCAACUCGACAUCGCGAGGCGGAUCACCUCUCUGGCGAUCUCGUCCCGGGUUUCCCGGCUCGAAGGGGAGGCCGGGCGCCUGAGGCAGAAUAUCUCCGACCGCGAUCGCGUCAUCCACGAGCUCCACGAAAAGAUUGCCCACCUCGACCGCAUGGCCCAGGAAUCCGAUGCCCGUCUCAGGGAGACGCUCAAGGAGAAUGCUAGGCUUUUGAAGGAACGGGAUAUUAUGGCUGCGACAUCCACGAAACUCGCCAAAGAUUUGUCCAAGCUGGAGAGUUUCAAGAGGCAGCUGCUGAAGUCAAUGAGUCAUAACAACUUGUCUCAACUAUCAGAAACAGUUCAUACUGGAAUGUAUCAGCAACCAAUUGCCAGAGUCACUUCAUGGAUCGACGACGCUUCAUUUAACCACUUUGAAUUGGAUGAAGCAAGUGGAUCAGCUGAAAAUGAGGAUUCAACUCAGGAUGAACCAAUACAUAUGCCUCAAUUCUCAACCAGACAACAAACUACUCCAAGGCGGUCACCUAACGGCACUCCAAGUUUCUCACCAGCUAAUGGUUCUCCUAAAGGACUGUUACGUGGAGGAUCAUCACCUAGAGUUUCGUCACGCACACCAUCGCCAAUAAAGUCUCAAGUUGAACAGCGCACAUCGCCACCUCCAAUUCAGCGAUCCUCUCCCCCAAGUUCUCCUCCUAAUAGGCAAACUUUGUCAGAACGUGCUCCUCGUAUAGAAGGGAAAGAGCUCUUCCGGCAAGCAAGGUUAGCUUUCUAUUUUAUUAUAUUCAAUCUAAUAAGUAAUAAGCAACUUGCCAUUUUUUUUUCCUUCUGUUUAUCCAUCACAGGAUCCGACUUUCCUAUGAGCAAUUUGCAGCAUUUUUGGCUACUGUCAAAGAUUUCAAUGCUCAAAGACAAUCACGCGAGGAAACUUUGGCCAAGACGGAAGCAAUCUUUGGCGCAGAAAACAAAGAUCUCUAUCUCUCCUUUAAGAGCAUGAUAAAUCGAAACCGACAAUAAAGUUUAGUUUGGUGUAUGGCGUCAAAUUCUGGUAUUAUGUUUCUUUUUGUUUUUUUUUUAUCUAUUGUAAAAAAGGCAUUUCAUUCUGCUUUACUAUGACUCUCUAUCUUACCGAUUGAAUUUCCAAACCGUGAAAGUCAGCGUCUAGUUGAAAUCUGUCUACUUAAUCAUUUUUUUGCAGGUGACAUACGAAUAAAAUUCCCGUGAUAGAUUUUGUACUGUUAUAUUCUAUUGACCACGACACUUUGGAUCUUUGAUGAUGAAUUACGCAGUGCUUUUGCACCUUUGUACGAGUGAUAUUUUUGACAGGACCGCGUUGGUGUUCAUGAAAGAAACUUUCAACGUCCCCCUGCAGGCUGCAGCGGCCAAUUGGAUUUGCCAUUUAACCACACUUUAUUUAUUUGUUAUUAUUAUUAUUAUUGAUAUUUUUUGUGUUUUGUACUAAACAGUAUGCAUUUUUGGUAAUCCUUUAACAUUUAAUGUGAAUAACAUCACCAACAAUACUUUGGAUGUCUGAUGAUGGAUUACACAGUACUUGUGCUCGUCGUCGGCGGUACGAGGUAAUAUUUUCGACAGGACCGCGUUGUUGGUAAUGAAAGCAACUUUCAAUUUCAACGACCGUGCACAGCAGCCAUAUGUAUUUGCCACUUAACCACACUUCAGUUUUUGGUGUUCUUGGUGUCGUGUACUGAAUAGUAUGCAUUGUUGGUAAUCCUCUAGCAUUAAAUGUGAAUAAUAAAAUGAGUUUUAUGAUUAAAUUAAACAAUAUUU